UUUGACAUUUGACACAUGAUUUUUUAGAAAUUUUUGAUAGCUACAAAUAAAAUAAAUAGUUGUAGAAAAGGGAUCGUUUCCCAUUCCCAUAAUCGAAACUAAUUGUUUGCAAAAAGAUGUUUUUUUUAUGUAAUAAUAUGUGGAGCGCCUUAAAAGCUUAGAGCUUCUUACUAAAGCUUGAUUCCAAAGUUUAUGGAUUUUAAAGAGAGACGUCAUUUUGUAUGCAGUUUAAAUUGAAUCUUGUUGUUGAUGAAGCAUAAUCAUAAUAUUAGAGUUGCGUAAAAUGGAUCAAUCGUCAACCGAAGUGGCAGGUGGAUCUGGUUUCCAUCAAAUUUGUUUAACAGUCGAAUGUGCUCAUAUUAGGUCUACCACAUUUUUAAAGCCUAAUCCAUAUGUAGAAGUGACGGUAGACCAGCAGUCUCCUCGUAAAACUGAGACAGUAAAAAAUACAGCCCAUCCAAAAUGGAACGAAACAUUUAAUUUGCUAGUUAAUUUCCAGUCAAAAAUUCACUUUUCAGUAUUAGAUCGAAACAAUUUUAGAAAGGACACAACAAUAGGAGAAAAGUUAGUGCAGCUCAAUCAGUUGUUAUCGCAUUCAGAAGGAAGCAGUGGGUUAGAAGUAACAUUAGAUUUGAUGAAUAAUAAGCAGACUGAUUCUCCUAUUAAAGUUGGUGAAUUGGUUUGUUUCUUUAAAGGCUUAAAUAUUGACAUGGGCCAGAGUAGAUAUGAUAAUUUGAAUAGAAGAGGAAUAUCAAAUUCAACUCCAUUAUCUCAGAAUAAUACUGAUGGUUCACUACAUACUGUUUUGAAUGGUAUUAAAAUAAAACAACGGCAUCAAGGAAGCGAGAAUGUUGUGCCAACCGAAACAGUGUCUGAUACAUCUACUAGAGGGGAAAGGCCUGCUAGACCGGAAAGGCCAGCACCAUCCCCACCUAUAUCGCCUCCAACACACCAGUUGGAACCUACACAAACAAUAUCACCUUUGGCUACUUCAUCUAGCAAUAAUAAUAUUCCGAAUGGUAGUAUUGGACCACCUGCAACAGUACCUAAUGGAGCUGUUCCAGCAGAACAAGAUGAGUUUAGGCAAGAUGAACCUUUACCUCCCGGUUGGGAAAUGAGGUUUGAUACCUAUGGAAGAAGAUAUUAUGUCGAUCAUAAUACCAGAUCUACUUCGUGGGAAAGGCCUCAGCCUCUUCCUGCUGGUUGGGAAUUAAGACGUGACCCAAGAGGUAGGGUUUAUUAUGUAGAUCAUAACACCAGAACCACUACAUGGCAAAGGCCUAAUUUAGAAAGAUUACAACACUUUGAGCAAUGGCGGGGGCAAAGACAGAAUGUGGUACAGCAAGGAAAUCAAAGAUUUUUAUACCCCCAAUACCAAGCUGGAAAUGGAUCUCUUCCAGGAACGUCAGCUGCUGUUGAUGACGAUGAUAGUUUAGGUCCAUUACCUCCAGGUUGGGAAAGAAGAGUUCAACCUGAAGGCCGACCUUAUUUUGUAAAUCACAAGAAUCGAACAACACAGUGGGAAGAUCCAAGAACGCAAGGUCAAGAAAUUGGGGAUGUGGACGAUAUACCAUUACCUGCUGGAUGGGAAAUUCGCUAUACAGAAGAUAAUAAAAGAUAUUUUGUUGACCAUAAUGCGAAAAUUACGACGUUUGAAGAUCCACGGCCAGGUGCUCCAAAGGGUGCUAAAGGUACUUAUGGUGUUCCUAGAGCCUAUGAAAGGUCUUUUAAAUGGAAAAUCAGUCAAUUCAGAUUUUUAUGUCAUAGUAAUGCAUUGCCAAGUCAUAUUAAAAUUCAAGUAUCAAGACAGACUUUAUUUGAAGACUCUUUUCACACGAUAAUGAGAUUACCAGCUUAUGAAUUGCGUAGAAGAUUGUAUAUUAUUUUUAAAGGGGAGGAAGGUUUGGAUUAUGGUGGUGUUAGUAGAGAAUGGUUUUUCCUUGUCUCGCAUGAAGCAUUAAAUCCAAUGUAUUGUCUAUUUGAGUAUGCAAACAAAAACAAUUACAGUUUGCAAAUCAAUCCAGCCUCUUACGUAAAUCCCGAGCAUUUGACGUAUUUCAAGUUUAUAGGAAGAUUUAUAGCCAUGGCACUAUAUCACGGAAGAUUUAUUUAUUCUGGAUUUACUAUGCCAUUUUAUAAAAGAAUGUUGGGAAAAAAAUUAGUUAUGAAAGAUAUUGAGAGCAUCGAUCCAGAGUUUUAUAAUUCUCUUGUGUGGACCAAAGAAAAUAAUAUUGAUGAAUGUGGAUUGGAACUAUAUUUUAGUGUAGAUUUUGAGGUGCUAGGGCAAGUAGUCCAUCAUGAAUUAAAGAAAAAUGGCGAUUCGGAAAAAGUAACACAGGAGAAUAAGGAAGAGUAUUUGACUCUGAUGACAAAUUGGCGCAUGACUAGAGGAAUAGAACAGCAAACUCAAGCAUUUUUAGAUGGAUUCAAUGAAGUUGUGCCAAUUGAAUGGUUGAAAUAUUUUGAUGAGAGGGAACUGGAGCUUUUGCUUUGUGGAAUGCAAGAGAUCGACAUUGAUGACUGGCAAAAGCAUACAAUUUAUAGGCAUUAUACUAGAAAUAGUAAACCAGUAGUUUGGUUUUGGCAAUUUGUGAAACAGUCCGAUAACGAGAAAAGGACACGACUUCUACAGUUUGUCACCGGCACUUGUCGUGUUCCAGUGGGUGGUUUCGCCGAAUUGAUGGGCUCCAACGGACCACAGAGGUUUUGUAUCGAAAAAGUAGGAAAAGAGUCAUGGUUACCUAGGUCACACACAUGUUUCAAUAGAUUAGACUUGCCACCCUAUAAAAGUUAUGAGCAACUAGUAGAAAAAUUAACUUACGCAAUUGAAGAAACUGACACUUUUGGGCAAGAAUAAGGGCCUUGUAUUUUAUUCUAAAAAUGUUGCUAGUAAAAUUUGAAAUGUUAAGGGAUAACCUACGAUACAAUUAUUUUACCACUAUAAAGAACCUAAAACAUUCUUUGAAUUUGUGUAUAUUUAAAACAUCGUAAAAUGUAUAUAUUUUUAUCUUUUAAUAGAAAUAUAUUGUUAACUG